GAGCAGUGAAUUAGUAAACCUAAUUUCCAUGUCAGGAAUAAGAGAGGAAACUAGAGAGGAACAAGGGGUAUAAGAAGAGAAAAAUAUAUACUUAUCAGAAGAUAUUGAGAGAAAGAAAGGGGAAGGAGAGGAAGGGUCGAAAUAGAAAGAGUGAGAGAAAGAGAGAGAGAGGAAGGAAAGAGAGAGAAGGGGGGGUGUUUUAACAGAAAGAGGAAGAAGAGAGCAGAGAGAGGAGCUAAAUAUUUUCUUUCUCACCCCAUGUGGCUCAAACUGUGAGGGAAAAUUGUAUUUAUUUUCUCACCACUUAUCAUAUGGAAUAAAAACCUUGUUAAACUGGGAUUUUCUUCAAUCUGAAUUCAACAGUAAAUCAGAUUUAAUCUCAGACUGAUUCUUCUUGUGGGACUAGUUUUAUUAGGAUCCUACUAGUUGUCUGGAUAUAAUACCAGUCUGUCUUUGAGAUGGGGUCCAGAACUCUGCUACUUGUUCUGGGUCUUCAUUUCAGUCUGCUGGGGAAUCUAGAGGCCAGAGAUUGCCCCGGGGGCUUCAUAGCCAAAGGGAGAACACUGUGUGUUGAUAUAGAUGAGUGUAAAGAGUUGGACAGCACCCCACCCUGUGGAAGUAAUACCACGUGUUACAACACACAGGGGAGCUUCUACUGUCAGUGUCUACCUGGGUUUGUAUCCACAACGACUUUCAAGUUUACUCCUCUCACUGGGGAUUGUAAGGACCUCAAUGAGUGUCAGGGGAAACUACAGGUUUGUACCAGCAACGCCAUUUGCCUCAACACCAUCGGGAGCUUCAACUGCCAAUGCGAACCUGGUUUCAGAUUCUCUGCUCAGGCUGGACACUGUGAAGACCUCGAUGAGUGCCAGGAGACACCUCAGGUUUGUGGCAGCAACACCAGUUGCCUCAACACCUUCGGGAGCUACCACUGCCAGUGUCAACCUGGUUUCAGAGUCUCUAAUCACACUGUGAAUGACUGAUGGAAUGUCCAAUAUCAAGUUUUCUGAUGCGUUUACCAAUGAUUUUGUCACGUCUGCUCCCGCUCCCCCUCUCUGGCGCUCGAGGUCGCCAGACGGCUCAUCAUUACGUACGCCUCUCACCAUCGUUACGCGCCCCAGCGCUUCAUCGGACUCACUUGGACUCCAUCACGUCAUUGAUUAUCUACCCUAUAUCUGUCACCCCCUCCAGUUAAUUUCCCGUGUCUGUAUUGAUGUUGUUACGUUUCUCCUGUCCAGACGCUGUUCCUGUUAUUAAUGUCUGUUAAUCAAAUAAUGUAACGGUCCUGACCUGUUUUAUGUUGUUUUUGUAUGUGUUUAGGUCAGGGCAUGUGUUUUGGGUGGGCAGUCUAUGUUAUCUGUUUCUAUGUUGGUUUUGGUUGCCUGGUAUGGCUCUUAAUUAGAGGCAGGUGUUUUGCGUUCUCCUCUAAUUAAGAGUCAUAUUUAGGUAGGGUGUUCUCACUGUUUGUUUGUGGGUGAUUGUCUCCUGUGUCGUCGAAUGUAUGUACCAUACGGGACUGUUUGGCUGUUCGUUUAUUUUGAUGUCGUCUGUUUCCUGUCCGUGAGUUUACGUUUAGUUAUGUAAGUUUAUGUUCAGGUUUCGUCAACGUCGUUUUCUUGUUUUGUAUAUUUCAAAGUGUUUUGUUUAGUGUUAAGUGUUUUUUGUUUGAGGGGGGGGUUCUGUAACGGUCCUGACCUGUUUUAUGUUGUUUUUGUAUGUGUUUAGGUCAGGGCAUGUGUUUUGGGUGGGCAGUCUAUGUUAUCUGUUUCUAUGUUGGUUUUGGUUGCCUGGUAUGGCUCUUAAUUAGAGGCAGGUGUUUUGCGUUCUCCUCUAAUUAAGAGUCAUAUUUAGGUAGGGUGUUCUCACUGUUUGUUUGUGGGUGAUUGUCUCCUGUGUCGUCGAAUGUAUGUACCAUACGGGACUGUUUGGCUGUUCGUUUAUUUUGAUGUCGUCUGUUUCCUGUCCGUGAGUUUACGUUUAGUUAUGUAAGUUUAUGUUCAGGUUUUGUCAACGUCGUUUUCUUGUUUUGUAUAUUUCAAAGUGUUUUGUUUCGUGUUGCCGUCGUUUAUAAUAAAAAGAUGGCUUAUUUCCCGAA